CAACUAAACCUCAGUACUUCAGGUAGAGGAAGUAAGGUUGUCAGAUCCGCAUCGCAUAUGCCGAUAUAACUUACGUAUUUCUGUACGUAUUUGCCAUCAGAGAGUGCCGUGGUUUGGAUAUCUAUAUCUGGUAUGCCAUUUACAUCCACGCAGCAGGUUCUGAGUGGAGGAUCAUCCAAUUUUACAAAGAUGAUUAAAGUCUCGGAAGCUGCUCCUUCAACAGGAUCAUCCGGGGAUACACUUUUACGGCCUACAGAUUUCUUGGUACCUCAGGAUUGCCGCAAAAGUAAUACAGAUUUUGGUAACUUCUUUUUACCAAUAACAGCAUCAAGCUCUAGUUUUAAUGAGGAAAAAGUAUUUGUGCCUACCUUUAAUAAUGGUGUUUUAAUUCCAAAAACAAGCAUUGUUGGCAAUGAAGAAGGAGAGAAAAAUUCCCUUGAUCUCUACCCUACCAUUGAAUUGUUAGAUGGAAAGGAAGUUGUAACAUUAACCAAAUCUUGUAAUUCUGCAUCUCAUAAUACUCUGACAGUAUCUCAUCAAGAAUAUGCAAAAUAUACUUCCUCAGGUUCAAGAGAGAAUGGCCUUCACAAAACCUACUUACAUAAUAGUACAUGUAUGAUAGAAGAUAAGGAAAAUCACAAGCUACAAGGACUUAAAACACUUCCACGAGUGGUGGAAAAUACUGAUGAAUCCACCGAUGGUGAGGAACACUCUUCAUAUACGGGUUCUCAGUCCUGUUUGUUUAGGCCUGAAGAUUUUGCUUUUAAUGGUGUGAAUUCUAAUGAAAAGAAUGCAUACAGGGUUUCCCGUUUUCAAACCCUCCCAAAAGAUUGUUUUUGUGAAGACUUUGCAGUGAAGCCCAACAGAGCUUGUAACGUUAACAGUUUGCGCAACUGUGAUCAUUUUAAUCUAGUAUACAAUUUUAAGCCAGAUAGUGAUGGUAAUGUAAAUUAUAAAUCUGAUGCAGAUCUUAAUUCAGAUCUAGAUGAUGAAUAUGAGCAAGAAUUAUUGGACCUUGAACUUCAAGACGAAGAUGACGAAGACAAAGAGACUAAGAAUCCUGAAAAUAAAGCAGCAGGGUAUGAUAACAGUAAGCUUCCUCCAAUUGGUGUGUUCUGGGACAUUGAGAAUUGUCAGGUUCCUCGAGGACUUUCAGCAACCCAUGUUGUUCAGGCCAUUCGAUCUCGUUUUUUCAAUGGUCAGCGGGAGGCUGAAUUUAUGUGUGUCUGUGACACACUUAAAGAACAUAUAAAUAUUCUGGAGGAACUAAAUGAUGCUCAGGUAAAUAUAGUACAUGUUGGAAGUACUGUUAAAAAUGCAGCUGAUGACAAACUUCUUCAGAGCAUGAGACGGUUUGCUGAUAUUCAUGGACAUGGUGCUACUAUUGUUCUUAUCUCAGGGGAUUCUAAUUUUGCCACAGAAUUGUAUGAUCUUCGAUAUAGAAAAAACCUCCGUGUGGUGCUAGUUCACAAUGCUCAUGCUCAGGAUUCUUUAAAACUUUGUGCCCAUGAGACUGCAUUAUUUUCUGAAGUCACACAGGAGCUUCCACAAAGGAGUACAAAAGCUAAGCCAACUAAUCUGCGACGAAGUAUAGUAGUGUAUAACCUACCAGAGGGUGUAGAAGACACCGCAGUUCGUCGACGGUUAAGCAUGUUAUCGGCAAACUGUGGUGGCAAGGUCGGCCGAGUUAGGAAUGGUCGUGCUAUUAUAACCUUUCAGACGCCUGAACUAGCUUCCAGGGCCAAGAAGAGGUUAGAUGGUGAAGAUGUUUAUGGCAAUGAGAUAUAUUGUACCUUUGGAAAGAAUCUAGACAAAGAAGGUAUUCCAAAAGUUGAUAUUGAUAGUGGUGGCAAAUUUCUACCAUAUCAGCCUUGGCGUGAAAAGGGACAGGAUUUAUUUGACACGUGGAAACCUGGAAGCGGCAAAGGCUUUCCAAAUCCUACAAAUAUUGGAAUGGAAGAAGUUGGUGCUGCAAGUCUGUCUUGGAGGUUGCGAGACCCUGUAUCGGAAGGUGCUGUGCAAAAUCCAUACUCGUCCUUCAAAAGCUACAACAGGCAUUCAUCUAUGAAUUACGCCAGUGACAAUGGGCAUUUUAAUUCUGGAUAUCUUGUAAACAGAAAUCAGCGAAGUUGGAGGAAAAACUGUAGAUCCCAAAAUCCAUCUGGUGGUGCGUUAGGUAUUGGGAGUUUCAAUGGGUUAUCAAGGAUAGAUUAUUCUAAUCGGAGUGAUGACAAUAACCCAGACAAUGUAGUACAGCCUCUGUAUUUGGAUAAGACUCCUGAACAAUUCAGAAAGGGACGUUCACAGAGGGUACAUUUUCGAAUGAGUUCCCCUCCAAGUUUAACAUUCAACACGAGGACACCAGAUACUUUUACUAUGGAUUCAUCUUUCAGAGCACGCAGUCCAUCACCUUUGUUGUGGAAUAAUGUUAGUCCUGUUAAGAAUACGUGGAGUCCAUCACUGGCUUUAGACAUACAAGGUCAAGUCUUGUAUGGGUUAAGAGACAUGGCAGUUUCAGAAAAUUCAGUAACCGACAACAGCCAUUCAAAUGUGCCACAGGUUCCAGUAGAAUUGCAGAUUACUAAUCUUGACCAGAAUAUAGAUGCAAGAGAAAUGAAACGCAUCCUCUUCACGAUUUUCAGGGACCAUGUCAUGGUGCUUCAUGUUUCUGUUUUCAUCCAGUCUGAUGGAAACUUGGCAGCAACGUUAAGAGUACCUUCACAGCAAGAUGCUCAGUAUGCUAUUUCACAGUUACAUCGUAAAAAAAUUGGUGCCAAAAGGAUAAUUAUAUCCUACGUUAACCAUAACCAACCUUCUCCUGAACUGAAAAGAUCAAAGGUUAUUGCUCUACUCCAAGAAGUUCCUGGCAAGAAGCUUCCCUUGUUUAAAUUUCGAGAAUUGUAUGAGAAAAGAUUCCAUGAAACAAUUGGUGUUUCCGAGUUGUACAAUAUGAGAGACAUUGUAACUGUUUCUGAUAACAGCACAGGUAGGAUGGUCUCUCUUCACCCAGAAUUUCGCAAUGUAAACUCGCCAGUUCUUGUGGAAGAUGACCAGGAUGAAGUGAGUGGUACUAUGGCAUCUAGAUUUUGUCGAACUCAUAGCACUGAACCAGAUGAUAGUGUAGGCUGGGCAGAACGGGACCAAAGUAUCAGUCUUCCAAAUGUAAACAUGAGUCUACGUUCCCUUGCUGCAAGCAUUCAUUCCUUGCUACAGUCCCACUCAGGCACAAUCCCACUAGCAAGUUUGGUCGAUUGUUAUCAGGCUGAGAUAGGGCCCCUAGAGGAAUUUGAAAGUGGAGUACCACUUGAGCAUCUUGUGUCCUGUUUACCUGGCGUAUGCAUCAUGACAGCCAACAGUGGUUUUAAGUUUGUUCAGUGGGUUGAGAAUAAAGUGACUGAUGAGGCUGAGGAACUUGCAAGGUGUGUUAGCCCCCCUUUAGUUGGUCAGCUGGCACUUUUUUCAAGGGAACUUGUUGACCUGCUAAAGACCUUUCCUUAUUGCCGAUUAGCUUUCUCUAGAUUCAUUCCUGCAUAUCACCAUCAUUUUGGACGUCAGUGUAGAGUCGCUGACUAUGGUUUCACAAAGUUGGCUGACCUUUUUGAAUCUCUUUCCCAUGUUGUCCAAGUAUUGGGUGAUGGUAAUAAGAGAAUUCUUACAUUGGCCCAUAAAGCUCAAAUUAAGAGGUUCUCGUCUGAUCUCUUGAGAGUGCUGAAGGGGCAACCCACAAAAUCCAUCACCUUGGAGGCCUUUCCUAGUGCAUACGAAAAGGCUGUCUCAAAACCUUGGAAUGUAGUUGACUAUGGAGUGUGUGAUUUUGAUGACCUUCUCAGUGAGGUCAGUGAAACCACAGUACUGGUGACAAGAUCAGGAACAGAGACCACAAUAGCCAUGCCCAAAAGGGAGCAAACCCCAGAGGAGAUAGAGAGAACACGUCAGUUUGCAGCUGAAGUAAUUGAAUUGCUCCGACACUCCCCACAGUGUAAGAUGCAGUUCAAUCGUUUCAUUCCUGCCUAUCACCAUCAUUUUGGGAGACAGUGUAGAGUGGCAGAUUAUGGAUUCAGCAAGCUGAUUGAACUUUUUGAAGCUAUUCCGGAUACGUUACUGGCAUUUGAUGAUGAAGAGGAUGGCGAAAAGCAGCUUCAGUUAGUGGAACGUGAACGUAUGAAAGUUCUGGGAGAUCAGAUUGCAGCUGUUGUUAAAGGAUCACCAAGACAGGUUAUAAAGAUUUCUGCUCUUGCCCAAGUCUUCACUAAAUACUAUGGAUAUUCCCUGAGACCUAGUCACUAUGGCUCAACAACUUUAGAAGAACUCAUUGGUAAAUUGAGGAAUCAUGUGAAGUUUGUUGAAACUGGAGAAGAACCCUUGGUCACUCUGGUAGAUAGGAGCUAUGUUCAGGAGGUUUUGGUUCAAGCACGAAAGUUACUUUGGGAUGAACCUACUUGUUCCUUUGACUUGAAGAAAUUCAUCGACAUGUACACAGAAAUGUACAGUAAUGCUCCUAAUUUGGAUGUAAUACGUAGAGACUUGCAAGAUAUCAUGGUUAUUGAAGGGGAUGAGGAUAAUGCAAAGAUUCGGUUGGUGCCAGUGCAGAUAUUUGCCAGGGACAUGCUGACUUUAAUGCAUGAGGCUGGUGGCAGAAUGUUGCUUCUGAACUUUGACACUGCAUAUUUGGAUCGCUUUGGGGUUGCUUGUCGUCCAGCUACGUAUGGUUUUCCCAAUAUUGUGGCUCUGGUUCAGUCUCUAGGAGAUUUAGUUGCUGUCAGAGGUCGGGGAACAAAGAGGAUCUUGGUGUUGAAUCGUGAUAAUAGCUCAUCACCACCUUUACCAAGUGUGCCAGCCUCCAGUAGUAUCAUCUAUUUAUCAAACACUGAGAAUAGCAGUGUUGCUGGAGAUGCGCAAGGAUCUCAGCAGUCACAGAUGAAGCCACCUACUCAUAAAGUUACACCACCUCCCCAGUGUGACUACCAGCACUAUGUACAAGAAACUAAUUCCAGUAACCAUUUGAUAAUGGGCAUGAAUCCAUCGGCAUAUCAGCCAUCGUCACCAGUCGUUUAUCCAGGUUCUCCUGCACCUACUGGUGGGUCUGUUAUGUGGGGUCAAAUGUGGUCUCCUCAGUAUCCUGUGAUGCCACCAUUAUCUCCAGCCCAUUACAUGGUUCCUACCAUACCUCUAAGUUGGGGUAAUGUGCCUGCUCCACCUGUUGCACCAUUGGGUACUGCAGCUGGUGCAGCAGCAACAUCAACCACUGCUACCCCACCAUCACUUACGGGUACCUUGGCACCACCUAUUUCAAUUCACACGCUUGAUGAACUCUCCAAACAGGUGAUUUUAUUUUUUAUACUUUUUCAGGGUGUGACUAACCCUUUGUGUGGAGAUGAUGAUGACACUUGGUCCAGCUGCACCAGUGAUCCAGGCAAAGCAUCUAGUAGCUCUACGCCUUCUGCUCCAAAGUUGCGAACAAAGAGGCGCCUUGCUGCUCAGUUUGCUUCUAAUUAAGAUUUUCAUAAUUUUAUAGGUAUAGUGGAGGAACUAAGAUGGGUUUUUUUUGU